AUGCUUGAAGGAUUAAUAAAUUCUUCAAUGGGUAAUUCAAUGCUUGUUAUUAAGAAUAAAAGAUAACUCAAUAAAAGAACGAAUGAAAGAACAUAGCUCAAAUUGAUCAGAGAACUGAUUGAGAAAUAACUGAACAGAGAAUUUUUAUAGAAAAAAAAGGAAUUAGAUGAAAAUUUAGGGAUUGAGGAUAAAAUUCUCAACAUUCUCUUUGAAUUUUACUACCCUCCUUUUGAAGUGAAGUAUAGAUGUGAGCUGUUCAAAAAUAUUUAAGAUCUUAAACUACCUUAUCCUCUAGUAUAAACAAUAGACACAGUAAAUCAACCAAAUAUGAAAGAUGAAUUCCUUUUAAAACUGGAAAAAAUAAAGAAGAUUUGCUAGAAUUCGAUAAAACCAAUACUCUUUAUAGAUCCUAACAACUAUGCUUAAAAAUUAAUAUCUGCAAUCACUGGAAAUAGUUUCUUAAGAGUAUUAAAUGGAUAGAGUAAAAUGCACGAUACUAUCAUAUAAGCACUAGAAAGUGAUAGCUCAGUUUUAAUAGAAAAAGUUAAAAACUAAUUUGAUAUAUACGAAUUUGACUAAUACUUAAGUGAGCACUGUCUUAGGAAUAAAUAUAGAUUUAAGAUAUACUUUCAGACAAUCUUAGAGAACCCUAAGUUUGAAACUACAAUAUUUGAAAAAACAACUGUAGUCAAUAUGUAUGAUUUGCAAUUUAUCAAAAGAAAGAGAUAAAGGCCCAUCACAGCAAGAAAUAGAUCUUAGAAAAUAUAAGUUUUUCAACCUUAAAUUGAGGAUGAUGAAUUUAAAAUUCUAUCUAAGAAAUUCAAGGUUCAUAACAUGAAUUUGUAAAAAGACAUAAUGUUAGGACAGAUAUUUGAAUAAUCAGAAGCUUUUAUUAAUAAGAAUUAGUCGCUCUUGUAAUAUUUUACUGUGAUUGCUCAAAACUAGUAAAAAGUGUUAGAGUAAGAAAAGUUAAUAAAAGAAGCUUAAGAUGAGAUCUAAAAACAUAAUUGA